GAUUAUAAAACGCGGUUCCCUCCUUACAUUUCAGUUUGAAUUGAGAUUGCAACAAUGGCAGAAGAAUUAACUAUGGGAACGGCAAUGGCAGCACACACGAUCUCCUCAAAGAAAAAACCGAUCAAGAACGAUAAGCUCGGCCUCGAGGAUUACAUUCAUCUCCUUCACUCUCGUCACGCCAUUGAUCUCACCAUGAAUCAACUCAAUCAGGUCAUCCGUAGUCACGGCUUCAAGAAAAUUCACCAUGCUCCAAAGAAAGUGUUAAUGGAUGCUGUGGACACGCUAGAUCUACUGGAUCUUCCGCGAUCAACGCUCUCUGAGAGUGUUUCUGCGUUUGCUGAUUUGACUGUGGAGGAGGCAAUUGCUGAUCUCGCUGAUCUCAACUGGCAGGAGUGUUGUGUUACCUCUAUCCAGAAAUUCGGCUGCUGCGAUGAUCAGAGAUUGUUUCCUGCUUUCUCUAAUCAGAAUGUUGGAGUUGUGAAUCACUCGCAGUCGCAAAACUACAGUCACCAGAAUAUAAGAGAUGAAAGUGGUGGUAUCAUCCCUGAAACAUUAAAGCGUAGGCCAGAACUUAUGAAAAUGGUGCCAAGGCGAAAGAGGAGCAAUAUUCAUGCUCUUCACUCUUCCACUUCAAUCGUGGAUUCUGCUUCGCUUGCUUCAUGCUGAAAAAAUGACUACUAUUCUCUUGCUUUCUCUCUUUCAGUUAUAGUAUUAUUGUGUUGUUUCUUUUAACCAAUGUUAGAAUUGGAUUAUGAAGAUGUAAAGAGAGAGUGAGUUUAAUACUUCAUAGUAUAGUAUAUGAGUAUUAUACAUGUUUGGUGAGUUAGAGAAUCAGGAUAUUAUUCUCUAAGAUGAUAAAUGCCUAGUGAUUUUACUUUGAAUCCUUUCACUAAGAUG